AUGCGUCCACAGUUCCGCCAGCAUCAGAUUCCCACUCCCUGUGCCCCGAAGCGUUCAAUGGAUGAGGAACAGCUGUGCCAUCGGUUGCACAAACGACUGCGGAUCGGCAGCCCAACAGCGGCACGCCAGUUGGCACACGGCCACUAUUCGCAGGCCAACAGCGUUCUGCAGCAGCUCCAUGCCGAGCAUUUGGCAAGGCGGCAGCAAACGCCUCGUCCUGACUACCCGACGGACACGACGAUGACGAUGACGCAGCAGGCGUGGACAGCUGCUGGGAGUGUGGCUCACAGCGACUUUGCGGCAAU